UCAUCUUCUGCUGGCUGAUAGUGUUGUGCAAUACGGAGGGGAUUAAUACUCAAAAUUGAUCGAACUAGACAAUUACAUGAUGGCAAAAGUACGAUACUCGAUGCCAUUUUGGAGAUUCAGUACAUUUGCAAGGUUUCUAGUUUUCUUAGAUGGCUCUGUGUCUCUUGCUCUAUGGGUAACUGGUGGCCAUACAAACUACCUUGAGAGCAGUGUGACGCAAUGGACUAUCCUUGGCUCUACCUUUGAGUUAGCCCUCUUAGGCCUGUUUAAGAUGCUCUUUCUCUUCUAUGCCUUCACCAAGAUGGAAGACUACUCCCUGGCUCUCCUGGAUUAUCCCUUUGAUGCUUCUCUUCAGUCAUGGAAGAAGUCAAGCCAUAUCUUUACCAUCUUCUUCAGUUUUCUCAGCUUGGCAUACACAACAACAAAGGGUGGCCUUGUGUUAAAUGCUAUUCUGAACAACCCCAAAUAUGAACUUAUGCAUAUUACCUACAACAUCCUUGUGAUAUCUUCGGUUGCCUUCUCAUUCCUGGAGUUGAUUACAUCGUUGACAGGACCUUACUUUAUGCGGAAGUUGCAGAUCAUCCGCAUUGAGCACAGACUCAAUGAUGAGGAUGAGAAGAAGGAGAAGAAAGAAAGCAAAGCUGAUCUGGGCAGAGUGUUGUCUCUUGCUAAACCAGAAGUAGGUUUGAUAUCACUAGGAAUGGUUGGCUUGAUAGGAUCUAGUGCAUCCUCCAUGGCAGCUCCUUUAUUUUUUGGAAAGGUCGUAGAUGAAGCAGUCACUUCAAAAUCAAUGGAUGGUGUGAACAGAGUUGUCCUCAUUUUAUUCCUCAUCUUUGCUGGGGGUGCUAUCUGCUCUAUGGUCCGUUCUUGGUCCUUUACUCUGGCUGGGAUGCGUGUGGUCUGUCGUUUAAGGAAUACCCUGUUUGCUGCCAUCAUAAGACAGGAAGUGGCAUUCUUUGAUACUAACCGUACUGGUGAACUCACCAGUCGACUUUCUUCCGACACUCAAGUGGUGCAGAAUGCCGUCACGGUGAACAUUUCUAUGCUUGUCAGAUAUUCUUUUCAAAUCCUGGGGUCAAUUGCAAUCAUGUUCAGUCAGAGUGCAUCCCUUACUGGUGUCUUACUCUCUGUAGUCCCUAUUAUAGCAAUUGGUGCAGUGCAGUAUGGACGAUACGUUCAGAAUUUCCAGAAGAACUUCCAAGAUGCCCUUGGAGAUGCAGGAACUGCUGCAGAGGAGGCCCUGUCCAGUAUCAGGACUGUGAGGUCAUUCAUUGGAGAACCCAAGGCUAUUCAAAGCUAUGAAAAAGAGAUUGACAAGAGCUACUUCUUUGGAAAGCGUAUCUCUGCAGCCAAUGGUGUCUUCAAUGGAAUUGUUGGUCUCGUCAUGCAGGGAGCUAUAGCACUUGUGCUCUGGUACGGUGGCAAGUUGGUUCAUUUGAAUCAAACAGACCCGACACAGGGAAUCUCUGUUGGACAACUCACAUCCUUUAUGCUUUACACAUUGAAUGUGGCCAUGGCAUUUGCAUUCUUGUCUGCCCUCUAUGGUGAUUUCAUGAAAGCUGUGGGAGCAUCAGAGAGAAUCUUUAUGCUGAUGGACAGGAAACCAGAGAUACCAGAAGAGGGGGGUCAAGAGAUCAUGGACUUCACUGGAGAGAUCUCUCUAGAAGGAGUUAGCUUUACAUAUCCAUCAAGACCAGAGACCAAGAUAUUACAGGAUGUUAGUUUUGAUGUUCAGCCUGGUCAGAUGGUUGCUCUUGUUGGUCCAUCAGGUGGAGGCAAGUCUACCAUUGUCAAUCUAUUGGAACGCUUCUACAAUCCAGAUUCAGGACAAGUUAAAUUCAGUGGUGUUGAUCUUGCAAGUCUUGAUCCCAAGUGGUUUAGACAAAGGAUCUCAUUAGUGAGUCAGGAACCAGUCCUCUUUGCUUGUUCCAUCAGAGAUAAUAUAGCAUAUGGAAGGAAUGCAACAGAUGAUGAGAUCUAUGAAGCAGCUAAGAUGGCGAAUGCCCAUGACUUUGUGACAGGGUUUGAGAAGGGUUAUGAUACCUUGGUUGGUGAGAGAGGGAUAAUGUUAUCAGGAGGUCAGAAGCAAAGAUUAGCUAUUGCUAGAGCUCUUAUCAUGGAUCCUACAAUACUAUUGCUUGAUGAGGCAACAAGUGCUUUAGAUGCAGAGAGUGAGCAUCUUGUACAGGAGGCUAUUGACAGGGCCAUGGUUGGUAGAACUGUGUUGGUUAUUGCUCAUAGAUUAUCAACAGUCAAACAUGCAUCUCAGGUUAUUGUGAUUAAAAAGGGUAAGAUUGCAGAGAGGGGUACCCAUGAUGAACUUCUCAAUAAGGGUGGUGUCUACAAGAAACUGGUACUUCGGCAGCUUAGUACCGGACAAGGAGGAGGGGUUGGUAUGGUCUCUACUGAGAAGAAUGGUAACCUAGAAGAUGAAGACUUAGAUGAUGUUGAUGAGAUGGAAGAGGAUUAGGUUGCCAGGAUGGAUGUUUUAUCAGGAAAAUAGACCAAUGAUGGAAAUUGAAAUUGGAAUAUCAAAUUGAAAUUUAAAUGCAGAUAGAAUAAACUGUAGAUAUUUUAUAAGGAGAGUGGACCAAUGAAUUUGAAAAUUGUAUUUUGAAAUUUAAUUGCAAUCAUAAUUAACUUUAGAGGUAUAAAUAUCAAACAUUGUUUUAAUUGUAAAUGAAACUAAAAUGAAAUGGAAAUGCAAUUCAAUAUAGAUGGAUGAUGGUUAUAAACUGAGUCAAUGGAUCAAAAACAUAAUUUGAUAUUACAUUCAUUUCAUUUGAUAUUCAAAUUUUGUAGAUUAAAGAUGGAUACAAGUUUUUAAAAAAACACUCUGUACAAAUGUUCAUUUUUACCCUGAUGUUGAAUUUCUAACUUACAAAAUUCAUUAAAGAUAUGAAAUUUUGCUUUACAUGUAAAUGAUAAAGAUCCUAGAUAUUGCACUCAAGUGAUGGAAACAAAAUGUACCUUCAACAUUUAAAGUGGAAAUAGAAACUCAGUAUUUGAUGAUGUGAUUUGGACCAUAUGUGAUGUUAUCAUGCAGUGAGGAGUUAGUCUAGUUCAGCUAUCCUAUUGGUACACGAUUAUGUUGAUUCACCCCGUGACAAUGCAAGAUUUAUAUUUAAAAUUGAAAUUAUUGAAGCAUACUGUAUGAAAAUGGUAGAGAGUCAACCAAAUUAGUGAUUUGAAUAUGAUAUUUAAAGCACUGUCCUUUUAAUUUGGCUGCCAUUGAGAUAUUAUUAUUCCAUGUUCCACUGUAAAGAAUCACCAGUUUAUUUUCAGCAAAUAACAUGAAAUAGAUUGCUGUUUGUAUAAUAGUCAUGCACAGACAAGAAGUUGUGCUUAGAGAAUUCUGUGUUAAAAAUGUUGAAAUUUUAUAUGUUGAGAUGAAAACAAAUCAGAUAUUGUCAUGAAUGAUGAAUAUAGAUUUAUGGAAUUUAUUUGUUAUUGAAAUACGAUCAUAUAUAGCAUAAGCAGGGAAUAUUUUUAACCAAUCACUGAUUUUGCCUUCAAUGGAAUUGUGCAAUAAUUUUACCUAUUCAGUGUAUUGGAAAGAGGAGAUUAUCUUACUGCUGAAUGUUAAUUUACAUCAUUGGUCUCUUGGCAUUGCAGGUGCAGCGUGAGACCAUAAUAGCAACCCUUGUAUUUUGAAUUCCCAAUGAAUUUCUACACCAGAUCAAACAUUAGUCUAAUCAAAAUCUUGUUUUUCUUAUUGCAUUGCUCUGGUGGCCUUUCAUGUUUUGAAACUUUCCAGAAAGUGAAAGAAAUGUUAGAUUACGAUUGGGAUGAAUCUCAACAUUUUAUCUUUUUUUUUCAAACCAGACUUUCCCAAUACAGCUUUCUAUUAUUUGUUGAUACAACUGUAUCCCAAAUGCAAUAUACAUAAAGAUAUUCAUGAGUCUCCAUUAUUAUGGUGGCAGUCAUCACUGAGCCAGUCCUAUAAUUAUUUUGAGAGAAAGUUUUAGUUUUGUACAGGCAUUUACAAACCAUAUUGUACUCAGCAAAAAUUGUAAAAUGAUAUUUUGGUUAUUGGCCCAAAUCAGUAUUAUAAUGAUUUGUUUGGCAUUAUACACAUUAUUUUUCAUUUGUUUAGGUCACUUCUGUUUGUAUUUAAUACCAUGAAUAAUAUGUCUAAAUCAUUUCAGGCCAAAAUUGGUAAUUUCUGCAUAUACUGUCCUUUUGAUAUUUAUUAGUUUUCAUCUUUCUUGCUAUUAUUGUAAACAUAUGAAGAUGGAUCUGUGUUCAUACCUGUAUCCUAUUGAGAGUCAUGUUAUAGAAAUGAAUGUUAGGUUUAAUUUUAUUCAUUUGUAUUGGAUCUUUCAGUACUGAUGUAAGUAUGGCUAAUGAUGUUAGCAAUAUCCUUGCCUUUUUAGACAUGGUAUUGUAAAUAUUAGAUUUUUGUUUUUCGUUUUAAUACCAAAUAGUGCAAAUGAUGAUACAGAUAAAUAUACAUUGUACGUAUGUAAAUGAAAUGGCCGUCUUUCUUUGUAAUAGAAUUUUAUAGAUCAUGUUCUGGUCUGGGGCUUUAGAAUGCUUUAGAAGAUUCUUUGUGAAUAAAUACAUGUAUGAAGUGCCAAGUGGGGUUCUCAUUAUAUUUAUCAGAUUUAUAUUGAGAAGGGGGUAAUAUCAUUGAAUGUCUGUUGAAUAUAGUUUUACUGAUAUAGACACAAUUUCAAACAAAGAAAAUUACUAAAUUUUGGUAUUGAUGAGAAAUACUAUCAAAUAUCUUUUGACAAAAAAUGCUUUUAAUUUGGCAUUUCAUAUUUUAAAUGUUCAUGAAAAAAUUAUUUGGUAAUGAUAACAAGAAUUUAUAGAGUGCAUAUAUUUAGACAUAAUGUAUUCUGGAGUGCACUAAUAUGAAUAGUAAUAUUAAUAAUAAUAAUGUGAAUGCUCAUGAGGUCAGUUUGUUUAGGUCUUGUAUUUAUGUUAAUUGUCAGGUGUUUGAAUAGAUAAAAAAAAUAUACAUCCUUGCUUUUUAGAGCUUUUCUGUCGUCCUUUUCACGACUAUUUUAGUAAGAAUGCUAGAACCCAAGACUAAUUGCAAUAACAUUUAUAUAAAAGUUUCCCUACUCGCUACCAAACAAAUGUUGAUACUUCUCAACCUGUCAACCAUGAAAAAUUAUCAGUUACCUAAUGCAUUUUUGUUCCAGUAGUUUUCACAUUUUUCCUUGACCAGUACUUGUGUUAUUCCUUGAUUUAUUUAGCCUGAUGAUGAGUGAUGUCAUUAUUAAGAUUGUUUAUAACUCUUUAUUGUCUUGUUUGAGUAUUUGGUAUAUAUUAUGACAUGUAUUCACUUGAUUUACAUUUCAGUGCUGUGGGUUUUUAUUUCUUACAAUUCAUCAAACAUGAAUGUACAUGUAUGUGGAAAACAUCUUAAAAUUUGGAACUUUUAUUAAUCGCAUUUUUGUUAAACCCUUGUCACCUAUGACCUACAGUGGUGCCAAAAACAGGUUAGUUAACCCCAAAAGAGAAUUUAAAGUGUUCAAGAUCUGCCAUGUUUAGGUAUUUAAUUAUGAAGUCUGGUGAUAAAAUAUUACAUUCAAUAAAGUGUUACCCAGGGGUCACCGAACAUUGUAGUGUUGUCUACAUUCAACACUCAGUAUGAAGGAGUGCAUUUUGUGGUGGGGUUCACUUAUUUGUGAGUAUUUCACGUCUAAAGUUCAUAACACGUGCAAGGGGUGCUUUAGCAACUAAACUUGAUUUUGAAUUGAUAUCAAGAUAGGUGGAACAUUUUCAGGAGGAAUCAAAACUAUGGUUUGAAUUUUUGGAGUAGAAUUGAAUAAGCAAUGCUGAUGAUUGAAUACAUAUUCCAUGGGUUCUGUUAUUAUCAAAAAUUGAUUUUUGAUAUCCUCUGUAUUGUUUGGUGUACCAAGUGCAACAUAUUAGAACCAUUUCCAUGACUAUU